UGUUCAGGCUGGACACUAUCAAAAACUUUUUUGCUAAGAAGUUGGUGCAGUGCUAGCACCCAGAGGUGUGUUUGAGUCUGUAUCCAAACUUGUAGAAAAAGCCACAGCUGACUUGCUCUUGUGUUGGUGGUAGAACUGCCUAGCACGCAGGUUUUGGAUUAUAGACUCUGUUAAGUCCCUUCCCACCAACUUGUCAAGGCAAUGGUUAGUGUGCAUAUGCUUGGAUGACAGAUUCAGAAGCAAUCCAAGUCACAAGCAGCUCAGAAGAAAACUUAUUUGUAAAAGGAAAGCCAAAAUAUUUCUUUGAGAGAAGAAAGGAGCUUCUGAGCAGUGUCUAAAUUUUUUCAAACAAGAACAUAGAAAAAGUAAGUCGGCUUAAUAAUGCAUUACAAUAGAUUUCGAUUCAGAGACAUUUAAGGGAUGCAGUGUGAGCCCAUUGUUCUGAUCCUGGUACAUCCACUGUCGGAGCAGCCACUUGCUCCCUCCUUGUCUCCAGUGGAGCUGAACCAGCGUGCGGGGCAGCGGGCCUGGCAGCUGCUCAGAGGCACGUACUCUAUGACCGUGGUAAGACAAAAAUAAUGGAACUGAAAAGGAGAUUUUGCUGUUCCUGUAGGUUGGCAAGGUUAAACAGGUAUGAGAGCAACUGGGUUACAGAACUAUGCAUGAGAUUGUUUCCCCCCAAUUCAGCGGCAGCCCUAUGGCUGCUCUCCGCAGGGGACCACCGCCUGGUUUCCGUUCCUUCUGCCGUGAGAGGGGACCCCCAGGUGUUCCCAGCGGCCGCCACGUUCGCUGCCUUGCGGUGCCGUGGAGCACCAGACUGGAGGCAGAGGGCCCAGCUGCUUGCAGUAGGUUUUAAUUUUAACUACCCCUGUACAUUUUCUCCGCUUUGCUUGUGAUGAGAUGGGCACAUGGCAGGGCAGCAGCGCAGGGGCUGUUUACUUUACAUCUUAUCAGCAGCAUUAGGCGCUCUCGAGACGACCAGGAAAGCCAGGAGCCGCUCCCACACGGCAGGACUUUGGACCACUGCGCAGAGCAGCCGUGUCCAGAUGGACGAGGCUUUCUCUGCUGGUUCCCAACGCGGCAACAAGGUUUCUGGGAUUUCCAAUCUCUUUGUCCUCAGAACACCCUCUCUUCCCUCCUGACCUUCCCGAGCAUUGAAGCGUCCAACAAAGCUGCUCAGAGUGGUCAGCAGAUCCUGCUGCCGUCCAGGAGAGCUCCCUGCGCCCAGAGGGGCUUUGUCCGCGCGUGGGGUCACUCAGCGCGAAGGCGAGGGGCGAGCCCCUGCCGCGCACGGGGGUGCUGGGCUACCGUAACAGGCAUUCGGCCUCCGAUUGUGAAUGGCCCGAUGCCAGCACGGCCACUGGUCGCACUCCUGGAUGGACGGGAUUGCACAGUGGAGAUGCCUAUCUUGAAGGAUGUUGCUACGGUGGCAUUUUGUGAUGCUCAGUCAACUCAGGAAAUCCAUGAAAAGGUGCUGAAUGAGGCGGUGGGAGCUCUGAUGUAUCACACCAUUACCCUUUCUCGUCAGGAUCUGGAGAAAUUCAAAGCCCUCAGGGUCAUUGUGCGUAUUGGCAGUGGCUAUGACAAUGUUGACAUCAAAUCUGCUGCAGAAUUAGGCAUUGCAGUUUGCAACAUCCCUUCCUCCUCAGUAGAGGAGACUGCCGACUCCACCCUCUGCCACAUCUUGAACCUCUAUCGCCGUGUUACUUGGCUGCAUCAGGCGAUGCGGGAAGGGAAUCGAGCCUCCAGUGUAGAGCAGAUUCGAGAGGUGGCUGGAGGCGCUGUGCGUAUCCGUGGGGAGACUUUGGGCAUCAUUGGACUAGGCCGAGUUGGACAGGCAGUGGCUCUGCGAGCCAAGUCCUUUGGCUUCAACGUGAUUUUCUAUGACCCCUAUCUGCCGGAUGGAGUGGAGCGAUCCUUGGGUUUACAACGAGUAGGAACCCUGCAGGAUCUACUAAUGCACAGCGAUUGCAUCACAUUGCACUGCAGCCUGAAUGAACAUAACCAUCACCUCAUCAAUGACUUCACUAUUAAACAGAUGCGCCAGGGCUGCUUCUUAGUGAACACAGCCCGGGGAGGGCUGGUAGAUGAGAAGGCCUUAGCGCAAGCCUUGAAAGAGGGGAGAAUCAGAGGAACCGCAUUGGACGUGCAUGAGUCUGAGCCCUUCAGCUUUGCUCAGGGGCCCUUAAAAGAUGCACCCAAUGUGAUCUGCACCCCUCACACUGCCUGGUACAGUGAGCAGGCUUCCAUUGAAUCCAGAGAAGAUGCAGCUAAAGAGAUCCGCAGGGCUAUUACAGGUCACAUACCUGAUGCUUUGAGGAACUGUGUUAAUAAGGAGUACUUGCUGUUAGCAGCUCAGUGGUCCAGUAUUGAUCCUGCUACUGUGCACCCAGAGCUCAACGGCGCUGCAGCAUACAGGUUUCCUCCAGGAGUAGUGGGAGUAGCCACCCCUGGGCUACCAGAACCGCCCGUGGUGGAAGGGAUGGUAGCUCAUGGGAUCCCUCCCGUCCCUCACUCUGCACCGCGUACCCCUUCCCCAGGAGACACGAGCAAACUGGAUGCAGACAGAGAGAUUCCUGCUGACCAAUAACAGCAUCUUUCUCUCUUUCCUCUGGCAGCAGAAAAAGUAGGAGGGUAUCUCCUCCUUGGACCUUCUUUAACACCCUACAGAGACUGUUUCCUGUUCACACAGGACGGGAGGAUGCAUUUCAUUACCGGCAAACUUUAGCUCUUGCCUUUAUUUUGUAACCCUUUUGUUUUAAUCUCUCAAUGAAUCUUUCUCCUUCUCUGGGGCAGGGCAGCAGUGACCUUGCCUCCCCUCAGAAAUACUUGGUUUAACGAAUGAGUUUUCCCAUAUAUCUGCCUCAGUUGCCUGUGACAGGGAACUGUCCUUGUGCACUGGAAGAUAGAAGUGGAGCUGCCUGGUCAGGGAUGAUGGCCCUUCAUGUUCCCAACACCAGACUGCAGUGCACACUUUUCAGUUGUGACUUGUAGCUUAAAUUUAAUUUGGCUGAAUGUCUCUAAGUAGCCAUGGGGAAUAUUAGAAAAAUACUAGUGAAUUGGAGAAGUUGUGACUAUUGUCUUUAUCAUGCCCUUGGUAUAAUAGAAUGCAGCCUAGGCUCAGCUCUGUGUAUUACUUUUGCUUGUUUUAAUUAAGGUUUUCUGUGAGAACAGACAUAGUGCAGGCAUUGCUAGUUCUUGACCAUACAAAGUUUUGUCUAUGCAGUACUAGGCCUGAAGAUAAAAGUAACAGUCUCAAAGCCAGCCUUGUAAAUAAUUUGGAAGGGAUUAAUAUGUCAUCAAACGUGUUCUGGUGGCCACUGGGUUUGUGAGGCUUCAGAAUAGUUCACCCUGGAGUCUGUGUAACUUGGAGAAGGCAAGAGAAUGCGGAAAUGGGAGAAACUUACACUGGGAGACAGCAGGUAGCAAUAACUUGCAGCUGCAGUUGCUGGUCCCUCACACACAUGUACCUCACGGUCUAAUGGUGGUGUUUAUCCACCAGGUAUCUAUCAUAUUAGAAUUUUAAGCUUUUGCUACAGAUUUUUUUUUUGGCAUAACUGCAUCAGCUGUCAGUAACAUACCACUUGUCUGUGCUGAUGGAGAAGGCAGCUUUAACAGUUGACCAAAUUAAUUGACUUUAGCUCUGCUAGCCUACUGCAUCUCCCAUAGUGGGCAGGGCAAGACAGUGUUGUUUUAGGUGAAGAAGCUUUGUAAUACUAGAGGAGAGGGAACGCUCUUAGCCCAUCACCUGAAGCCAAGGCAGGAUUGUUGGUCUCGUCUUUUCCUGUUUCCCAAAUGGGUGAAUGUGGAUCACUGCUUUGAGGGGUAUGGAGUCUUCAGCAAAACAGGUUCCACAGGAAAAGAUAUUUCCUUAAUUCCAAAUCUUCCUUGACUUUUCUCACCUUGUCACACUUCAGUUAGAGCCUUACCCCGCACAAGCUGCAGCAGUUCCUGGCUGGUUUGCCCCUGUUGGGGUGCACUGGGGCAGGGGCUGUGGGGAGCACACCGCUGCGGCUUUGCCUCCUGCUGCCUCCCUGCUGGAAACUCAGCAGCUGGGAACAGGCUGGAAACACACCGUGAGGUGUGGACAGAAUCCUGUGUUGAGGCUGUUUACAGGUCGUAAAGUUGAGAAAAGCUUUUGAAGUCACUACAUUUUCAGAUUUUUUUUUUUUCCUGGUUUUAAAUUUUUCUCCAGUACUGCCUUCCUAUGAUGGCUUACUGCUGACACAGUGAAGUGAUUCACCCCUUUCUCCCCCACCCCCCCACUCCCCUCCAGCAAUUCAAGAAAGGAAAAUAGGCAAGAUGUAAACUUCAGGGUUUUUCUUACAGAUUUGACACUUUUAACUGUUUAGCAUUAGUGAGAUGUUAGUUCUCUAGUGCUGAGUGUCUUUUUUGAUCAGGUAUUUGUCUCGGUGAAGGUUCUUGGCUUCUGUGUUUUCCUGGAUGAUGCUGAUUCUACUUAGAAUUCAUAUACCUCCUUUACUGCUCAGGUUUAGCUGAUCAGACUGGGACUGAUGGUAGGCACAACUUGCAGGAGAACUUUUUCUGAACAAAAUCCUAGAGCUCAGAAGAACGUUGACUGCCGCUGUACCUAAAAUAGCCAGCAGCACUUUCCUGAGUUCUCUGAUCUCUAGGAGGUGGAAAUUUUACAAGUUACUAGCUCAGAAACCUGUUCUUCUGACAGACAGAUGGGGAGAAGUUUUCAGGGACUGAGAGCUCAUCUUCUGUCUAUUACCAUGUUAGGGAAGCAGUCUGUCGAUAACUACUUUUUCCUUAUUUGCUGCUGAGAAUUCCUGCCCUGUUUAGAGGCCCAGGUCUGAGACUAUUUUGUGGUAACGGGCUUCUAGUUAUGAGCUUUGUGAAUACAGAGGAUCAGAGUACAUUGACCCUGUCUCUUCUAGAGCACAAUGCAAGAUAGAUUUAUUUUUUUAAAAGAGGCAGCAAUUUCUUUCUCUUAACUGCAAGUAUCUCUAUAGACCAGUCAAAUAACUGAGCAGAAGAGUGGGAAGAUCUAAUUUGGGGGGAUGCUUGAGUUUCUCAAUUCUUAGUUUUAGUGUCUAAAUAUACUGGUGACUAGCAAGCCUAGGAAUUAAAUAAUUGAUGUCAUAGAAAUAUUUCCAGUUACAGAUACUAGGGAGUGGAAGCUGACAGCAUUGAUAGUGGCUCUGUUCUGCCCAACACUGUAGGCUUGUGAUUGGAUAUGAAGGCAAAUUUCCCCUUGACUAAAGCCACAGCAGAAAAUACUGAGGUAAAAAUGAACAGAACCCUUAUGACCUCAAAGAAGGGCUCUCUUUGUGCUUAUAGGACUACUCUGCUCAUAGGCCAUUUGUAUCUCUGCUUAUAGACUGUACCUGUUAUCACCAGACAAAGGCUGUUCUGAACAGAUAGCUCAAAGAAAAAUCUACCAGUCCUGAAGUACCCUGUGGUCUUCUCCACCCCCCCAAGUGCCAAGUCCUUUGUCAGCGCUCUCCUGGGCAAUCUGUGAUACACUGACUUGCAGCUCCCCCUCCCAAGCUUACUGCAGUUAUACAGAAGUGGAAGGACUUUUUUUUUUUUUUUUUCUCAAUGCCUGCCUUCAGAGCUAGUGCAGAGCUUUAAUCCCAAAGAACAGAAGACUCCCAGGGUGAGGCAGGAGUGCCCUCGCUGCACUAAUCUGCUUACAGAAGGUGCUCACACUGUCCCAAGGUACAUUCUGUUUGUCAGGGUCACUGCUGCUGACCAGCUUUUUUAUAGAGGACUCAGAGUUUCAGAAAUAUAUUUUUGUAGACAAUGACUAAACUGUGAAACAUUGAAAUAAAGCAUGUAAACAAAAACUUACAGCACUGUCCUCUGUACAGAUGUUUUUCUCACUUCAGUUCUCUCCUGACUCAUGAGAAAAUGUUUGAUUACUUCUUGGAUAUAUUUUAAUAAAGUUCUCCAAAGAACGUGG